UCAAGACUGUGUGCGACUUUUGGUAAAACGCCGGAUUUUUCCUAACCAAGUCAGUCGAUUUCGUCCUGCACCGGCCACCGCCGCCGAGCAGGAGGAGGUCAACAGAGGCGAUGCCGGGACCAGGCGCGCACACGAUGUACGCGCUGGGGGUGGGGGUAGGGUUGAUGCGCCUCUCCCGCGGCCGCUUUGGCCCUCACCACUGCCUCUUCUAUGCUGCCAACGCUUUCCUCGGCCCCGACCUUGGCUCCUUUGCUGAAUGGCUCGGUUCCUUCGCCUCAUCUUCUGCCUCUCUCGGAUCCUUGUCCAUGGACCUCGUCCACCACCCCUUUUACUAUCCCUUGCUACUCGGCCUUCCACUCUCCUUCUUCUACGCCCGACUUUCCGCCGCCCUCCUCCGCCAUGGCAUCCUCGACCCCGCCUCCAAUGUUCCACUGAACAAGAUGCAAUGCUUCAUAUUGUUAUCCGCUGGAUCCCUGUCGCACUUUUUCUUGGAUCACUUGUUUGAGGAGAAUGGCCAUUCAACAAUGUAUACUUGGAUCCUGAGCACAGGUUGGUGGAAGAGCAGAGCUCCUGUCAAUCCAGAUGCUGUUAUUGUUGUUGGAGUCUUAUGCACUUGUUUAUUUGCCGGCUUUGUUUACAUCAACAGGUUGAAAACUGGCGAAUCGAUCAUCAAGAGGUCAGAUCAGUCCUCGCGACUUAUAUUGUUUAUCGCUGCCCUCUACUGUAUAUGGUGUGCCAGUCAAAUAUACUGGCGAAAUCCUCCACAACCCGCUAUAGGGGAAGAGGCAGAUCUUGGAGUCGUCAUAUUUAUGUCUCUCUACUUCUUUCUGCCACAUUGCCUUUGCUUGCUGUCGAUGAACCAGAGAGAUCACCCUGAGACAGCAGAUCAAUUGCCUUUCUGACUGCUGCACGGAUCAUCAAUCACCGUAGCAAAAAUCAUCAGAAUUGCACAUGAGAAUUGAUAUUUCAUGUCGACAAGGCGUUGGCAGUAUAGUGGAGAUAUUCAGAGAGUUCUCGAGAUUUAUUGAGUACAUUUUCGACAAGUUACAUUUUAUUUUCCUACUUAUGUGAUCACAAAAUCCGGUUGAUUAGUCACC